CCCCAUUUUCGUUGUUGCGGAAGAUUCAGCCACAUUCGUUAAGAAAGUCACUUAGAAAGAUGUCUUCUGAAUCUGCACGGAGAGAUGUCCUGCUCGUCGGAUUCGGCGCGAUGGGUGUGAUAUAUGCAUACGUCUUACAGAAAAGCGGUAUGGCUCGCGUAACUGCGAUCGCUAGGAGUAAUUACGAAGCUGUCCAACGUGAUGGUAUACACAUUAUGAGCGGCAUGCACGGUGACAUCCCAGGCUGGAAACCAUACAGGCUAUGCCCAUCGUUCACCGAAGCCCUCGACCGACCCUACUCCUACGUCCUAAUAGCAACCAAAGUCCUCCCAGAACUAACCCCAACAAGCUCUAUCAUCUCACCACUCCUCUCUCCUUCAUACACACAAGCAUACCCUCAACAACCAGCUUACGUCCUCUUGCAAAAUGGUUUGGAGAUCGAGAAGGAGUUGUACGAUGCUGUUACCAAAGUAUCUGAGACGGAACCGAGGAUACUUAGUUGUACGUUAAAUAUUGGAGCGAAUCUUUUGCCUGAUAAUGCUAUUUGGCAUAGCGCGUUUGAUAGGCUUUGUAUGGGAUUAUACAAACCCGGAAACUACACCGACGAAUCCCAAACCCAAGAAGAGAUAGACCUCCUAAACGAUAUCGGAGGUAUGUUCAGUGCAGGCGGGACAGAAGUCACUCUAGUCCCAGAGAUCCAACGACAUCGCUUCCGCAAGAACUUCUGGAACAUAGCCUUCUCAACAAUCUCCACCCUAAGCCGCCACUCCCUGCGCGCAAUCUUCCAAGAACCCACCGUCGAACCCGUAGUCCUACCCAUCAUCCGCGCCAUCAUGCUCGAAAAACUCGCAGUAGGCCGAGCAAUGGGUUUCGACGAAGUCGCACUCCCAUCUUCCAUCGUCGAAAGCACAAUCGAAUCUACUGGAAACAUCCAUAGACGUGCCGAUUCAAAACAUAAACCUAGUAUGCUUCUGGAUUGUGAGAAUGGGAAACCUAUGGAGAUCGAGGUGAUUGUUGGGGAGGUCGUAAGGAAGGCGAGGGAGUUGAGUGUACCUACGCCACACCUCGAUACGAUUUACGCUUGCCUGUUUAUUACUCAGAAACAGAUUCUAAAGCAGCUAGAUAAUAGUAAAACGCACUUGUAA